AUGCCCCGAAGCCUGUUAAGGAGAAAAAGAGAGAAGAAAUCACCAGCUGAGUCUUCGAAGCCGAAAAAGGCUAAUGUUCAAAAGCUCGAGGCCGAUUCAGCGGCCUUAACUCAGGAAGUGACCGAAGGUCUUUGCGCCGAGCGUGAAGAGAGCGAUGACUGCCCGUUGGCACCCAGAGGGAGAAGAAGUGUUGUUGCCUUGAAGUCAGCUGAGCCGAGGGUGGCUGAGUCGGAGGCUGCCGAGGUGGUCUCGACUCGAGAUAGGGGGAUUGUUGAGGGGAAUUCAGAUGAAGUCCCCGAACCGACCAACGAUCUAAGCGCAUUGGGUACCGAGGGGCACCUGGUUGAUGAACCUAAAGAAACCAAUGAUGAAGCCCCUCGAAGGGGGGAGAGGGCCCCUGUCAAACCAGUCGAGAUGAUCAAUGCAGGUGAGCCUCACUCGUGCCUAUCAUUCUCUCUUGGGCGAAUACGGGAUGCUCGAGAUAUGAAAACUCCCGUCGCGGGGACAUCCCUUGGAGAGAAUAGUACGUUUGAAGGAUAUUUUGCCGGGGUUGAGGAAGGCCCUGAUAUCGACGCCUCAUUGAUCUUUGAGGAAUCCGAGAAGCUUCGGCAACAGGCCUUAAAGCUCUCACACCAAGCCUUUUCCAAGUCUCAAGCAGAGUUGGCUAGAUGUGAGGACGAAGUUAGGAAACUCAUUUCUGAGUUGGACGAGCUUAAGGCCCUUUAUGCCCAAAAGGAGGGGGAGCUAGGUGACCUUCGAGCACAUUUGGAGAGGAUUUCUCGAGAGUGGGCCGAUCUCGAUGAGAAGCUCAAGCAAAAAGAUGACUUAAUGCGGGAGGAGCUUAGAGUCAGAGAUACCGAAAUCCUUGGGCUGAAGCAGCGCAUGGAUGAGGUGUCUUCCGAUAAAGAAACUCUUCGAGAGAAGCUGACCUCGUCUGAGGCCGUUGAGCUCAUGUCCUCAUACAGAAAAGCUGCUGCUGCUGCAAAUGCUCGGGCCAGGAAGGUAUCCGAAGAGGCCGAGCAUAAAUUAUCCCGAGCUUUGGAACAUGCCCGAUUAAGAUCUAGGAGACAGACUCUAGAGGAUGUAUAUGCAGGGGGCAUCGAUUUGUCUGCUGAGAUCGAGAGGGUGAAGGCCCUAGAGGAAAAAUUGGCAAUUCUGCUUUCCUCUAAUGACGGUUCAGCCAGUGGUUCGACUAGCGUCUCGGAGGAUGAUGAAGACUAA